GUUCGAUAUUCAGUGACCCAACUGCUGGAUGAUUUGGUUAGGGCUCAAACAUGAUUUAUUGGCCCUUUAAACUUAUUUAGAAAACCAGACACAUCUUAAUAUGGCAGAAAGGAACUGGCACAUCUCUACGGUGUUUUACCCCCGGAGUUCAAGCCCAAAUCUCGAUUCAAAAAUAGGUCGUAUGACUUAACGGGAUUUGUCCCUAACAUCAUUAACAUGAAGUUUUCUUUCACUCUUUAGCAAAGUUUCAAUUUUAGGUCGAGUAUUCUUAUGCAUUAUACAGACCUCGUACUUCAAUCAACAGAGUUCGUCGUAUGAGUAUCACCAUAAGGAUUCACAAAUUAUUGAACAUUUUGUUUUGUUACUUUCCGGCUAACAGUCAGUCGCGGAAUUAGUGAAUUUCAGGCGUGAUGCGUUACUUGGCUGCAUUUCUACUCUGUCAGUUAGGUGGUAAAGAGAAGCCUACUGAAAAUGAUAUAAAGACUGUCCUAAAUUCUGUUGGCAUUGAGCAUGAUUCUGAGAGACUCGAGAAACUGUUGUCUUCGUUGUCUGACAAAGAUAUCCCACAACUGAUUGCCGAAGGAUCCAAGAAGUUGUCCUCCAUGCCGUCAGCCUGUGCUGUCGUCUCUACUGCACCUUCUACGGCAGCACCAGCUAAGACUGAAGCCCCACAAGCAGAUGCCAAGCCUGCAAAGGCAGAGGUCAAGGAAGAGUCCGAAUCUGAAGAAGAUAUGGGCUUUGGGCUUUUUGAUUAGUACACUUGAAAAUAAAUAAAGUACGGUUAA